ACACGGAGUAUGUAUCAUUCUCCCUAAAUCAAAUCGCCUGUGUACUCUUGCUCUUGCUCUUGUUGAUAUUGCCGUAGUGGUGGUGCUUCAAUCACCAUAUAUCUAUCGUCACCUACCUACACCUAGAUUGUGCUUUUGAUUUUGCCGGAUCGAUCCAUGGAUGAUCAGGAGCAUUGCGGUGGCGAUGGUGUUGGUUGUGGUGCUACUGAUCAGACUACCGUCGGUGAUUCUUACACGGAUCAGUAUCGAUCUCCUUCUGCCGGUAAAUUAAAUGAUUCUCUUUCGUGGAAACUCGAUAUCAGCAAUUUCCGAUUACCAGAAUCCUCCUCCACCAUCGACGAUAAAGCUUCCACUCUCCGCCGACUGUUCCUCCUUGCUCCAAGAAAACAAAGAAAAGUCCAACAAUAUUACAAGAAACAAGAAAGACUCUUAGAAGGGUAUAAUGAGAUGGAAACAAUAAGCAAAACAGGUUGUUUACCUGGAAUCCUGAGUGAGGAUGAAAUGAAGAAUCUUGCUCAAAAUGAGAGAAUGGCGAUCUACAUUUCCAACGUCGCUAACUUGGUUCUUUUCAUCGCUAAAGUCUACGCAUCUAUCAAAAGCGGAUCGUUAGCGGUUAUCGCAUCAACUCUAGAUUCGUUUUUGGAUUUAUUAUCUGGAUUUAUUUUAUGGUUUACUUCAAACGCCAUGAGAAACCCGAAUCAGUAUCACUAUCCAAUUGGGAAGAAUCGAAUGCAACCUGUUGGUAUAAUCGUUUUCGCAACAAUAAUGGCGACUCUCGGUUUCCAAAUAUUGCUAGAGUCCGCAAGAGAACUCGUUGUCAAGACUCAUCCUAACGACGAUCAUGAUAGUGAAAAAUGGGUGAUUGGUAUCAUGGUGUCUGUGACGGUAGUGAAAUUUAUGCUCAUGAUGUAUUGUCGAAGAUUCGAAAACGAAAUAGUGAGAGCGUACGCUCAAGAUCAUUUCUUCGAUGUCAUCACCAAUUCUGUUGGAUUAGCUGCAACAAUCUUAGCCAUACAUUACCGUUGGUGGAUUGAUCCCGUUGGAGCUAUAAUUAUAGCGUUAUAUACAAUAAAUACAUGGGCAAAGACUGUUAUAGAGAAUGUAUGGUCGUUAAUAGGGAGAACUGCUCCACCAGAAUUCUUGGCGAAAUUGACAUAUUUGGUAUGGAAUCAUCAUGAAGAAAUAAAACACAUCGAUACAGUGAGAGCCUACACGUUUGGGAAUCAUUAUUUUGUGGAGGUAGAUAUUGUGUUGCGAGAGGAUAUGGUGCUCAUUGAGGCACAUAACAUCGGAGAAAUGUUGCAAGUAAAGCUGGAGCAAUUGGUUGAAGUCGAAAGAGCAUUUGUUCAUAUCGAUUUUGAGUUCACACAUACACCUGAACAUAAAGGAAAAGUUUGAAGUUAUAUAAACAUUAUUUCUUACACCUCAGUUAAAAAAGAGAGGAUAAAACUGAUAGUGAAUAAUGACGAUUAUAUCUGUAAUUCUUUUAGACACUUACGAUAAAUGUUUGGUGUUUUCGUUUAUACUUCUAUUGUCAUAUCAA